CUGUUACAUUUUAUAAUUUUUAGUUAAAUUUAAUUACAUAAUUGAUUAGAGUUAACAAGAUUAGCAAAAUAAAUGAUAAAAUAACCAAAGUUCUGGGGUUUUGUUGAACAGUGAAGGUUAUUGCAACUUGGAUAGCAAUGUGAUGCUAAGCUGGAUGAUGUAUUUAACCAUAGGUUGGUCUCCUGGCCCAGAGAGAGGCUCCCAGGGUCGGCCAGAGGCGGCGCUGUCCCGUUGCAGUACUCAGGGUCGAACAGAGGCGGCGCUGUCCCGUUGCAGUACCCAGGGUCGGCCAGAGGCGGCGCUGUCCCUGUAUUCCUUUUGGAAUUCCAACGACAUUCUCGAUAGUUUUUCAACUUGACUUUAUAAGUUCUAAUGGUAAAGUACUCUAAUUGUAAUAAUAUCAUAGACAAUGGAAUUAAGUUAAAUGAAAAUCUUGGAUUAGAGACUAAUAAUAAAACAAUAUGGGAUUUGGUAAAUAAGAAUGCGUUGGUACUCUUAUUCUGAAGAGAACAUAGAGACAACCGGAAGUCGCUUGGCGUAGUUUACUAACUCCGUGGGUAAAACGGCCAUGGUCGCUGCUCGUCUGGCCCUGCAGCUCUGCUCUCUAUCCGCUUCCCCGACCCACUGAACACGAGUUGCCGGGCUGAGGAGUCGCUGAGCGGGGAGCCGGCGGCCAGGCGACGCGGAGACGCGCGUUUCCCGGUAGUUCGCGCGGGCCGACGCCCGGCCUCGCCGUGCGGGGACGCGCUGAAGGCGGAAGACUGCGCAUCAGCAGCAGCGGGAUGCUACACGGCUACCGCGGCUAGCCCGCCGCAGACCUGCUGCGAGUUGCCCGGAGGGACCGCCGUCUGAGCAGCGAGGGAGCUCCGCGGUCCUCUGGUGGCUGAGGGGAGCGGCAGAGGAGCUCUGAGCCCGCAGGGAGACACGUCCACGGAAGACCGUUACCACCAUGGCGAGCAGGAGGAAGUCGACCACGCCCUGCAUGCGAGCUCCGCAGGAGGUGGUGGCAGAGGACUCUGACCAGGAGAUGCAGGAGGAGGAGGAGGAGGAGGAGCUUGGGGGAGAGGAGGAGGAGGAGCUGGAGGAGGAGCAGGGGGGCGGCGAGGUGAUGGAGCCCGACCUGGACCCGGCGGAGGGUGGGUUCGAGUGCAAGUACUGCCCCUUCCGGACGUCGGAGGUGAAGCAGUUCACCCAGCACGUGGACCAGCAGCACCCCCAGGUCGUGCUGAACGCCUCCUACGUCUGCCUGGACUGUGACUUCCACACCAAGAGGUACGACGCCCUCCUGGAGCACAACGUGCGGCAGCACCCCGGGGAGGAGCGCUUCAGGAGGAGCAUGCUGCGCCGCCACAACCACACGGUGUUCCAGCAAAGCGCCAGGGGGCUGGGGGCGGGGCCGGAGGGGGCGGGGCCGGAGGGGCACGGGGCGUGCCGCGGCAGCAUCGCCCUCAGCAAGACGCCCAUCAUGCGGGCGCACCGUCGACGCCACACGCCCAAGAAGUUCCCGGCCGCCCGGCCGGCCGAUGACGUCAUCAAGGUGGAGAGCGACGAGGAGGAGGAGGAGGAGGAAGAGGAGGAGGAGGACAGGGAGAACAUGGAGCCCCCGCGCCUCUCCCCGGCCCCCCCGCCGCCCCCGCCGCCGCCCCGCCUGGUGACGGCCACGCCUCUGCAGCUGCAGCACGGGCUGGGCGGCGUGCUGCAGAUCAAGGCGGGCGUGGGGGGCGGGGUGCUGCCCCCGGGGACCCUGGCCCAGGUGCUGUCCGCCCUGCAGAGCCAGCAGGGCGGCGGCGGCGGCGGCGGGCACAGCCAGCUGCUCAUCCCCCUCAGCAGCAUCCCCACCUACAACGCCAGCAUGGACAACAACGUGCUGCUGCUCAGCGCCUACAACAGGUUCCCCUACCCCAGUGUGUGUGAGAUCGUGGGCCUGUCCUCCCAGACCCGGUUCAGCGAGGAGCAGAUCAAGGUCUGGUUCUCCGCCCAGCGCCUCAAGCACGGUGUGAGCUGGACCCCCGAGGAGGUGGAGGAGGCGCGGAGGAAGAAGUUCAACGGCACGGUGCAGGGGGCGGGGCACCAGACCAUCACGGUGAUCCCGGCGGCCAAUGGGCUGCAGUCGCUGUUCCAGACUUGCCAGCUGGUGGGGCCCCCCGGGCUGCUGCUCACCCAGGCCCCCAUCACCCUCGCCGUGGCCCAGCAGCCCCUGGCCGCCGACGCCCCCGCCGAGCCCAAGAGGCAGGCCUCCCCGCCGGGCGGGGGCGGGGCCCCGGGCCCCGGGGCCGACCCCCUGGGGGCCAAGCCCAAGAAGUCCAAGGAGCAGCUGGCGGAGCUGAAGGCCAGCUACGGCCGCCGGCAGUUCGCCACGGAGGCGGAGAUCGCGCGGCUGAUGCGCGUCACGGGCCUCACCAAGCGCGCCAUCAAGAAGUGGUUCAGCGACACGCGCUACAACCAGCGCAACGCCAAGGAGCACCAGGGGGCGGUGCCGGGCGAGGCCCCGCCCCCCGACGGCCCCCCCGGGGAGCCCGCGCCCGGCGAGGGCGGGGCGGGCGGCGGCGGCGGUGCCCGGGCGGACGCGCCAACGGCGGCGGCGGCCGGCGGCGUCCCCGCGGUGACCAUCGUCAUCGACUCCAGCGACGACGCCAGCGACGGCUCGCCCGCCUCCGGCCCGGCGGCCAGCGACCCACGUGUUAAGUUCCGCCACGCCUUCCCCGACUUCACGCCGCAGCGCUUCAAGGAGAAGACGGCGGAGCAGCGCCUGGCGCUGGAGGCCAGCUUCCUGACCUCGCGCACGCCGUCGGACGAGGAGCUGAGCCGCCUGCGGGCGCACACCAAGCUGACGCGGCGCGAGGUGGACGCCUGGUUCACGGAGCGCCGCAAGGCCCUGGAGCCCGACGCCGACCCCGAGGGGCCCCCGCCCGGGGCCGCCUCCUCCUCCGGCCGGGCCACGCCCCCCGCCGCCCGGAAGGUGCUGAAGAAGACCCCGGAGCAGCUGCACAUCCUGAAGACGGCGUUCGUGCGCUCGCAGUGGCCGACCACGGAGGACUACGACGCCAUGGCGACGGAGAGCGGCCUGCCACGGAGCUACAUCGUCAACUGGUUCGGAGACACGCGCUACGCCUGGAAGAACAGCAACCUCAAGUGGUUCUACCUGUACCAGAGCGGAAAGGUGGAGGAGGCUCUGAAUGGGGGUCCAGUGAAGACCCAGAAGAAGUCUCGGAAGCGGUUCCGGGGUUGGUCCCGUAGAACCCGCCGCCCCUACCCCUGCAGACGCUCGCCCCAGCCCAGGCCCGCCCCCGUCAAGCAGGGCGAGGCGGUGCUGCGGGACCACUACCUGCUGUACGGUGGGCUGGAGGAGCAGCAGCUGGACGAGCUGGCCAGCCGCUCGGCGCUGGGCUACCAGGCGGUCCGCGACUGGUUCGCUGAGGCCGGGCGCCUCGCCGAGCAGGGCCUCGCGCCCUUCAGCCCCGCCCCCGAGACACAGCCCCAGGGCAAGGACCAGGACAGGGAGCCGGGAGCCCAGGAGGAGGAGGAGGACGAGGAGGAGGAGGAGGAAGAGGAGGAGGAGGAGUCGCCCCCGACGACCACAGAGCUGUGGGAGGGGCCCAGCACGGUCUUCGGGACAAGCUCCGCCCUCACAGGAAGUACAGACCCAUGUGUCGGAGGUUGGGUGAUGCAGCGCCGUCGUAUUCAGGGUCAGACUCCUCCCCCCGCCGCCGCCGCCGCCCAGAGCUGGUUCGACCUUUAUACCGGGUCGGAGGGCUCCGGGACCAGGACCAAGGGCUUCAGGGACCAGGACCCGGGGCCCCAGGGUCCAGGACUCUGA